AUGUACGAAUAACCAGAAGCAAGUCCAGGAUUUAAUAGAAAUUAAAUAGAAUAAUAGUCAGAUUCUUAAAGAGAAUUCACAUAUCAAUAAUAUGUUGAUAUAUAAUUAUAUAAUAGGCAAUUCCUCCAUAAUAGUCUUUAACUGAUGAAUAAAAAUCAGGAGGAAAUCUUAACCCUUUUGUUUUUACAUCUUAUAAUAUGCCAAAAGUAAAUCAACUUUUCAUAUUAAUUGUAGAUUAAUUGUUAUAAUCAUCUUGGUCAAACAAUCACUAACUUUUGUUAAUCAAAAGAAUGUAGAUUACCAUUAUGUCCAGAAUGUGUAAAAGAGCAUGUGAAUGAACAUUCUCAAUUUAAAACAUAUCCAAAAUUAGAAUGUUUAGAAAAUAUAUUGACUUAAGUUCAUUCAGAUAUUUGUUAAUAAGGUAAUAAUAUCUAUAAUAUUUUAAAGCAAAUUAAAUUAAUAAUGCAUUAUAAAACAUUUAAAAAUCAAAGGCUUAAGCAUAUUCCUAAAAAGCUUACACUGUUGAAAAACUUAAAGAAGCUAAGAAAAGAAUUCUCAAUAUUAUAGAAUAAUACUUUGAUACUCUAGAGAAUGAAUUGGAAAAUAAAUAAAAGAAAAACUAUGAAAACUUUAAAAGAGAUGCAGAUGCACUAAUAGGAGCUUUAAAAGCAAGACAAGGAGCUUAUAUUAAUUUUUUAGAUAAACUUUAAUAACCAGAAUGUAUGUAUUCUCUCUUGCCAUAUCUUGCAUCUCCAAGCUAUGAAGAUAAUUAAUAGUAUAUUUAAGUUGCUAAUAAAUUUACAACCAGAUUCAAAGAAGUUCAAUCUGAAAUAACUUUUGAUUAAUACAAAUCGUAUUAUUUAAUAUUAUUUUUAGAGUUUAAUUAAGUUCUCACUUAUCAGAAAUUGUUGGUGUUAUACAUCAAGAUCUUACAGAAUAUUUAGAUAUGCAUAAACUUGCUCCACCUGAAAUUGUUAAGAGCAAAGCUUUAACAUUAAAAUCAUAAAAUAAUCAAUUAUAAAAAAAGACAUAAUCUCCAAAUCAAAAAUAGAUUAAUUAGAGUAAAACUCAUUUAAUUUAAGAAAAUAAUGAUCAAGAGAUAAUUAAACAUAAUCCUAAUCAAAAUUAACUUGAAUAGACUAUUAGAUAUCAAUAGAUUAAUCCAUAAUCAAUUUAGAUUCAAUAACAUUAAUCUCCUUCAAAUUUCAAUUCUUUGAAUCAAAUUUAUCCAUAAUAAUUAACUUAAUAAUAACCUUAAUAUUAUUCAAAUUAACCCUAAUAUUCAGUUUAAUAUCCAUAUAAUCAAUAAAGAUAUCAGUAACAAGUACCAUAUUAAUAAUAUUAAAAUACAAUAAAUUCUAUGUAGAAAUAUUAUUGA